UUGAACUCUGAAGUCACGAACGCAUAGCAGAGUCCCUCGGUGGCGGGGCAGAGAUUGGCGCUUCACCCAAUCCCUGCGGUCUCCCUUCAGCUUCCCAGGCUCAGCAACUCUUUGUGUUGCCGACCCCUAGUGAGCUUCCAGCUUUCGUGGACUCGGCGAAGACUUCAAGAUUCAAUGUCAGGGGAAGUAGAUGUUCGAGGCCCUGCUUCUUCUUCAGAGAAAGGAAAGGACCUGAUAAUUGAGGGGUACCGUAUUCAGGGUUUGUCCAUUGGAGGCCAAGAAACCUGCAUAAUUUUCCCUUCACUUAAGUUAGCUUUUGAUAUUGGUCGCUGCCCUCCCCGUGCUGUUUGCCAAGACUUCCUCCUUAUUUCCCAUUCUCACAUGGAUCACAUUGGAGGACUACCUAUGUAUGUUGCAACGAGAGGCUUGUACCGUAUGAAGCCCCCAACAAUUAUUGUCCCAGUAUCUGUAAAAGAGGAUGUAGAGAGACUCUUUGAGGUGCAUAGGAAAUUAGACCACUCGGAACUGAAGCACAAUCUGGUUGGCUUAGAUGUAGGUAAGGAAGAGUUUUAUUUGAGAAACGAUAUUAAAGUAAAAGCUUUUAAGACUUACCAUGUGAUACCUAGCCAGGGCUAUAUACUUUACUCUGUAAAAAAGAAGCUUAAACACGAGUACCUUGAUCUUCCUGGAAAUGAAAUUAAGAACUUGAAGUUUUCAGGUGUGGAGAUAACAUACACUUUGGAAGAACCAGAGAUUGCUUUCACUGGGGACACGACGGCAGAAUUCAUAGUUGAUGAUGGCAACAUUGAUGCAUUGCGAGCCAGGAUUCUUGUUAUGGAGUGCACCUUUGUAAACGAUUCAAUUACAGUGAUGCAUGCCAGGGAUUAUGGACACACUCAUCUGUCUGAGAUAAUUACUCAUGCCGGGAAGUUGCAAAACCGAGCCAUCCUUCUAAUUCACUUUUCAGCGCGCUACACAGAAGAGGAAAUUCAACAAGCCAUAGCUGCACUGCCUCCGCCAUUGGCGGGUCGAACUCAUGCGCUUACAGAAGGUUUCUGACACAAGGGUUUGAAAGAGCUUUCUUGAUGGCAAAGGAAGGAUCAAAUGAAUGCUGUGCUAAUGAGCUACCAGAGCCAUCAGGCUAUGCUAGUUAGAUGUCAGAGAAUAGUAGCCCAAAAAAAUAUCACAGAGAAUAUGGACGUAACAAUACUUAUGGUAAAAUUAUUAUACACUCUUCCAAGACAUUACAGUGAGGUGUCUGUUGAUCAUCGACCCAAAAAAAAAAUCUCCUUUUGCUUAAGGUUAGAGUGAGGACUGAUGAUCAAUUGCAUUAUAAUUUCUAAAGAUUUUAUUUGAUUCAAUUC